AUGCAAGUCUUUGUGCAUAGCCUUGCCGCCGAUCUGCGCGACAUUGAGACUUUCUAUCCCCUGACCUUCUCGACCACGAGGCUGCACCAGCUCCAGAAAUAUAUAUCGCGGAAGCUCGAUGACCUGCAGGCUUUCCCUUUCCAUGCGCUCGACCAGUCCGAAGCCGCCCAAUAUGCGGAAACGGAUCACUAUUUCUCACCUUGGAUGCCGCCACUCGCUGAGCUGUGCCUCUGGCGGCAGCAAGUCACCCGGUUCCAGGGCCUGACCGCUGCGGCUCGUAUGUCUGACGCGAUCGUGUGCAUCAAACAGCUGAGCGACGAGCUUCGUGACAAUGGCGAGCAGGCUGCCGGCGCGCAAGAAAAAAUUAUCGCUAACAGGGCUGCGCGAAUGGCAGCCGAGCUCCACGAUGUCCUGGAAGAAGCAGUCAAUUUCUACCGUGACUACGACCCCGUCAUUACCUGGUGGCUGGCCAGCCCUUGGAAAUCGCUGUCGGAAGCGAUUCGUGGCCUCGUGAGACUACUGCAACGCAAGUCUGGCAACAACAUGGACACCUCUGCCGGAGACAUCAUCGGACAACCGUUGGGGAGGAAAGCCAUCUUGGACGAACUCGAAGCCGAGUGCAUCCCCUACACUCCUGAAGAACUGGUCGAGAUCGGAGAGCGCGAGUUCGCGUGGUGCGAAGCACAUAUGGUACUUGCCACCAAGGCGCUGGGAUUUAGAGACCCCAGGGAAGCUCUUGAGCACACGCGGAACAGCUUUGUCAACCCUGGCGAACAAAUUCACGUCGUCCACGAUCUCGCCUCCGAGGCACUGAAUUAUGUCGUCGCCCUCGAUUUGAUUACGGUUCCCGACAUCGCCAAAGACUGCUGGCGAACUGUAAUGAUGACUCCCGAGCAACAAAGGGUCAACCCCUUUUUCACCAGCGGCACCGAAAUCACCGUCUCAUACCCCACGGCUGGCAUGUGCCAUCAAGACAAGCUUAUGAGCAUGCGUGGGAACAAUCCUCCAUUCUCGCGCGCCACAGUCCAUCACGAGCUCAUCCCUGGACACCACCUCCAAUUCUACUACAUGGAUCGCUACCACCCCCACCGAAAACUUUUCGAAACACCUUUCUGGAUUGAGGGGUGGGCGCUAUACUGGGAAUUUCUGCUCUGGGAUCGCGGCUUCCCCAGCCAAAUCUCCCAGACAUACGCGACCAACGAGGCCCAGAACCGGAUCGGCAUGUUGUUCUGGCGGAUGCAUCGAUGCGCACGCAUCAUAUUUUCUAUCAAAUUCCAUUUGCGCCAGAUGGACCCGCAGGAGUGCGUCGACUUGCUAGUCGAGCGGGUCGGACACGAGCGGGCCACAGCUGAAGGCGAGGUUCGACGAUCUCUCAACGGCGAUUACAGUCCCUUGUACCAAGCCGGCUACAUGUUGGGCGCGCUACAACUGUACGCACUAAGAAAGGAAGUGCUAGGUCCAAACGGGGUCUGGACCGAGAAGGAAUUUCACGAUCGUAUUAUGAAGGAGAAUAUGAUGCCUAUUGAACUUUUACGAGCUGUGCUAAAGCAAGAUCCUCUGUCGCCCGACUGGCAGUCGCAGUGGAGGUUCUAUAGUCAGAAAGUCUAG